CACCAGGAGAAGCGCAGCCUUGGGGCAGGGCCCAUGGGGGAGAAGGACCACGGCCUCCCCAAAGGCACCCUGGCUGUGAACAUGGAGGAGCAGCUCAUCAAGUACCUUUUCGAGGAGAAGGGCUACAACAAGAACCUGCGCCCCGUGGCUUCCAAGGACGAGAGCAUCACCAUCUACCUGGCACUGACCCUCUCCAACCUGGUGUCUCUGAAAGAAGCUGAUGAAACCCUGACGACCAAUGUCUGGAUUGAGCAUGGGUGGACAGAUUACCGGUUGACAUGGAACAAGUCAGAAUUCGGGGGCAUCACGGUGCUCCGCCUCCCGCCGGACAUGCUGUGGCUGCCAGAAAUUGUUCUGGAGAACAACAACGAUGGAGAAUUUGAGAUCACCUACAGUGCCAAUAUACUUCUGUAUGACUCUGGCAGCGUGUACUGGCUGCCUCCCGCCAUCUUCCGCAGCGCCUGUCCCAUCAACGUCAACUUCUUCCCCUUCGACUGGCAGAACUGCUCCUUGAAGUUCAGCUCUCUGAUGUACAACGCCAAUGAGAUCAACAUGGAGCUCAUGACCAAAACCGAUGACAAGACCAAGAAGAACUACCUGGCCCAGUGGAUCAUCAUUGACCCGGCCGGCUUCACCGAGAACGGAGAGUGGGAGAUCGUGCACAAGCCGGCCCGCAAGAACCUCGACCCGAGCAUCCCGCGCGAGAGCAACAAGCACCAGGACAUCACCUUCUACCUCAUCAUCAAGCGCAAGCCCCUCUUCUACAUCAUCAACAUCGUCACCCCCUGUAUCCUGAUCGCCUUCAUGACCAUCCUGGUCUUCUAUCUGCCGGCUGAGAGUGGGGAGAAGGUGACCCUGGCCAUCUCCAUCCUGCUGGCCCAGUCCGUCUUCCUGCUGCUGAUCUCCCAGCGCCUUCCAGCGACCUCCUUCGCCAUCCCGCUCAUCGGCAAGUACCUCCUCUUUGUCAUGCUCCUGGUGACCGCGGUUGGGGUGGCCUGCGUCGUGGAACUCAACAUCCACUUCCGCACACCGAGCACCCACAUCCUGUCCGACUGGACCAAAGAGCUCUUCCUGGAGACCCUCCCUCGCCUCCUGCACAUGUCCCGGCCCGCCGAGCUGGAACCCGAGCAGAGGGACAGGCUGCUGCGCCGGCGCAGCAGCUCCAUCGGCUACAUCGUCAAGGCCGAGGAGUACUUCAACGUCAAGUCCCGCAGCGACCUCAUGUUCGAGAAGCAGUCGAAGAGGCACGGCCUGGCCAGCCGGGUCACGCCUGCACGGCCAGCCCCCCACGAUGACGACGACGACGACACGCAGGAGCAGAUCUACCGUGAGCUCAAGCCGGCGAUCACAGGAGCCAACUUCAUCGUCAAGCACAUGCGGGACAAGAACGACUAUGACGAGGAAAAGGAAAACUGGAACCGCAUCGCCCGCACGGUGGACCGCCUCUGCCUUUUCCUGGUCACUCCGAUCCUGAGCCUUGGCACCUUCUGGAUCUUCUUGAUGGGUGCCUACAACCACCCGCCACCCCUUCCCUUCGAGGGGGACCCUUUUGACUACGACGAGCACAAAAAGUGCUUCCUGUAA